GAGAGAGAGAGAGAGAGAGAGAGAGAGAGAGAAAAGAAUGAACGAAGCCCUUCUCUCGUCCUCUCCCUUUCAAUGGCUCCUCCUCCACCCUCGAAACCCUACUCGACCCCCAAACCCUACCUCCUCCUCCUCUGCUGAUACUUAAAACCCUAGUCGUCGUCGUCGUCGUCACAUGGGUGUCGCCGACGAUGGACUACUACAAAACCCUAGGAUUGCGGAGGGACGCAAGCAAGGAGGAGAUCAAGGAGGCGUUCCGCCGAUCGGCCCUCAGAUUCCACCCCGAUCGCCACUCCAACGCCUCCGAGGAGGUCAAAGACGCCGCCUCCGUCCGAUUCAAGCAAGCCUCGGAGGCGUACGAGGUGCUGAUCGAUGAGCGGAUGCGCGCCGACUACGAUCGCGCGUGGCGCGGCGCCGGAUCCUUCGAUCGGCGAGGCUACGGUGGGUAUUCGUCCUCGUCGUCGUCUUCUUCGUCGUCCCACUAUUAUGGGGGCAAUCAGUAUGGUUAUGGUUAUGGUUAUGGAGGAGGUGGCGGGGGAUACCGUCGACCCCCGGGGAGCGGCAGCGGUGGAUUAGGGUUUGAUAUGGAGUUCGUGUUUCGGGUGCUCACGAGGCGGGGGUUCCUCAUCAAUGUUGGUUUCGCGAGUGCUUUGUUAGGUGGAGCUGUCAUUAUUGAAGAAUGUCUUCAAGCAAUGUGGCGAAUGAACAAUUCUGGGAAAUCAUUUGAGGAAGCAAUGGAGUCCAUUGAAAAGGUUAAGGUACAGAAGAAAGAUGGCUAAGGCAUAAAAAUUGUGUGUAUAGAAAUAAUUUUAAGGCGGCACCGCAGCCCAUCGAAAAGGUUGAGUACAGAAGAAAAGUAGCAAAGGCAUCGAUAACUUACUUUACAGUGAUUGAAACUGAUCGUGCAGAGUCUUCAUGAAUCUUGAGUGUACUCAGAAAUUUGUGUUUUCUUCUUCCUAUUCUUUGCUCCAGUUCUCUUGUUUUCUUUUCUUUUUUUGACAAAUUGCUCUAGUUUUCUGUCCCGGCCUGUGUGUAUAUGCACAAUUAGUGAUAUACCUACACCAGUAUUCAUUGCUGCGAUGCAUUAAACUUGUAUUAUUGGGAAGAUCACCUUUUA